AUGAAGGGAUAUAUAGAUAUAUUGGCCCCAUCUGCGCCGGAAACAUCUAGCGUGAGUCAAAGAGGUGAAAAAGAGGGGGAACGCGCCUUCCAAAGCUCGCGGCAAAACGAAAGAAGAAGUCCACAGCCACUGAUAAUCCGCUAUUCGACUCUCUCCGGCCACCACCAUCCUCAUCACCCAGCAUUCGUACCAACCAUGUCCUCUGGUGUUGGCGUCAAUGAUCAAUGCCUGACCGCGUUCCAGGACCUUAAGCUCAAGAAGAAGUUCAAGUACAUUAUCUUCAACCUCAACAAGGACCUGACCGAGAUUGUCGUCGAAAAGACGUCCGACAAUCAAUCCUAUGACGAUUUCCUCGGGGAUCUCCCCGAGACCGAGUGCCGAUGGGUCAUCUACGACUUCGAGUUCGAGAAGGAGGGCGGAGGGAAGCGAAACAAGAUCAUCUUCCUGUCCUGGUCUCCCGAUGACGCGAAGAUCAAACAGAAGAUGGUGUUCGCCUCAUCCCGAGACGCCCUCAAACGCUCACUGACAGGCGUUGCUGUUGAGAUACAAGGAACCGACUUCUCAGAGGUCGCCUAUGAGAGCGUUUUGGACAAGGCCAAUCGUGGUCAUUAA